CCCACGGCCGCCCCCGGCGUGGUGACAGUGCCACCGUGCCCGUGGCGCACCGCGGUGACCUCACCGAGGACCCGUGGUGUCCCCAAGGCGGAUUUCCCCACCACGGUGGGGCUGCUGUCCCCGGACGAGGUGUCCCUGGAGCUGGACGGGGACAAGGACAAGAAGGGCGGCAAGGUUUAUUACAUCGACACCAACGCCCUGCACGUGGCCCGCGAGGGCGUGGAGGUCCUGUCGCCGCUCAAGAACGGCAUGAUCGAGGACUGGGAGUGUUUUCAGGCCAUCCUGGACCACACCUACGGCAAACACGUCAAGUCGGAGCCGGGGCUGCACCCGGUGCUGAUGUCCGAGGCGCCGUGGAACACCAGGGCCAAGCGGGAGAAGCUGACGGAGCUGAUGUUCGAGCACUACAACAUCCCGGCCUUCUUCCUCUGCAAGACGGCCGUGCUCACCGCCUUUGCCAACGGCCGCAGCACGGGGCUGGUGCUGGACUCGGGGGCCACCCACACCACGGCCAUCCCCGUGCACGACGGGUACAUCCUGCAGCAAGGCAUCGUGAAGUCGCCCCUGGCCGGGGAUUUCAUCUCCAUGCAGUGCCGGGAGCUGUUCCAGGAGCUCAACAUCGACAUCGUGCCCCCCUACAUGAUUGCUGCCAAGGAGCCGGUGAGGGAAGGGGCCCCCCCCAGCUGGAAGAAGAAGGAGAAGCUGCCCCAGGUGUCCAAGUCCUGGCACAACUUCACCUGCAAUGAGGUGAUCCAGGACUUCCAGGCCUCCGUGCUGCAGGUCUCGGACUCUCCCUAUGACGAGCAGGUGGCAGCGCAGAUGCCGACGGUUCACUAUGAGAUGCCCAACGGGUACAACACUGACUACGGGGCCGAGCGGCUCCGCAUCCCUGAGGGGCUCUUUGACCCCUCCAACGUCAAGGGUCUCUCGGGGAACACCAUGCUGGGCGUGGGACACGUGGUCACCACCAGCAUCGGGAUGUGUGACAUCGACAUCCGGCCGGGUCUCUACGGCAGCGUCAUUGUCACUGGCGGGAACACGCUGCUGCAGGGCUUCACCGACCGCCUGAACCGGGAGCUGGCCCAGAAAACUCCCCCUGUGAGGAACCCCCGAGAUCGGGACGGGGGGGUUGGGAGGG